AGAUGUCCUUGCACUGCCGAUCUUCAAGCAGGAAGAACCUCAGCUGUCUCCUGAGAAUGAUGCCAAACUGCCACCCUUUCAGUACGUCCUCUGCACAGCCACAUCACCUGCUGUGAAACUGCAUGAAGAAACCCUAACCUAUCUCAACCAAGGUCAGUCUUAUGAAAUCCGUCUACUUGAGAAUAGGAAAUUGGGAGAGUUUCAAGAUUUAAACACAAAAUAUGUAAAGAGCAUAAUUCGUGUAGUUUUCCAUGAUCGACGCCUGCAGUACACAGAGCAUCAGCAGCUCGAGGGCUGGAGGUGGAGUCGGCCUGGGGACCGCAUCCUUGAUAUAGAUAUUCCACUGUCAGUUGGUAUCUUGGAUCCCAGGGCCAGUCCAACCCAGUUGAAUACUGUUGAAUUUCUGUGGGAUCCAUCAAAGAGAGCUUCAGCAUUCAUUCAGGUACAUUGCAUCAGCACAGAAUUUACUCCACGGAAACAUGGAGGAGAAAAAGGUGUGCCCUUCCGGGUGCAAAUCGACACAUUUAAACAAAAUGAAAAUGGUGAAUACACAGAACACUUGCAUUCUGCAAGCUGCCAGAUCAAAGUGUUCAAGCCUAAAGGAGCAGACAGAAAACAGAAGACUGACAGGGAAAAAAUGGAGAAGAAGACCACCCAAGAGAAAGAGAAGUAUCAGCCUUCCUAUGAGACAACUAUUCUCACAGAGUGCUCUCCCUGGCCAGAUGUGCCUUAUCAAAUGAACAAUGCUCCAUCUCCAAGCUACAACAGUUCUCCCAACAGCUUCAACCUUGGAGAUGGCAACAGUUCUCCAACCCACCAAGUGGAGCUCCUGCCUCCCAGCAAUGAUCAUCUCCUUCCUUCUGCUUCUAUUCAAGAUGCCCAGCAGUGGCUUCAUCGUAAUAGGUUCUCUCCAUUCUGUAGGCUCUUCUCAAGUUUUUCGGGUGCUGACUUACUGAAGAUGUCCAAAGAAGAUUUUGUUCAAAUCUGUGGGCCUGCUGAUGGAAUUCGGCUCUUUAAUGCAAUCAAAGGAAGAAAUGUAAGGCCAAAGAUGACAAUUUAUGUCUGUCAAGAACCAGAGCAAAAUAGGUCCCAUCUCCACCAAAAACGAGAAAAUGGAGAUAGCAGUCUUUGUGUAUAUCAUGCAAUCUUCUUGGAAGAAUUGACCACGCUGGAAUUAAUUGAGAAGAUUGCAAACUUGUACAGCAUUUCUCCACAGCAGAUAAAUCGAAUCUAUCGGCAGGGACCCACAGGGAUCCAUGUAUUAGUGAGCAAUGAGAUGGUGCAAAACUUCCAAGAUGAAUCUUGUUUUGUUAUCAGCACAUUAAAAGCUGAAAGCAAUGAUGGCUACCACAUCAUUUUAAAAUGACCGUGCUGCACAGAAAGACUUUAACAGCCUAAAAUUUAGUGCCUCACUGAGAUUGCUACAACCUAGACUGGAAACAUGAAGAAAUUUCUGGAUUAAAUGCUCCUGUGAACUAAGAAUUACCAAACAGCUUAAGAAAAAACCUGCUAUUACAGAUAUACAUUUUUGGUGGUGUGUGGUUUAGUUUUUUAUUUGGUGGGUUGUUAUUUUUUAAAUAAGCUGGAACUGAGAACAUCGUCAAAACUUGUACAUGUUUCUUCCUCCCUCCCUUCCUCUUCAGUCUUAAAAAUUGUUCAGGUUUCUGCUUAUU